AUGUUCCAAAAAAAGGAGAUUCUCCGAGAAGGAGGACUUCAUCUUUGUCAAGGAGGGAGUCCCCGCAGUGAGAUUCCAAGAGCCCUAACGAAAUCAUUGAGAUAUGUUCUCAAGAUUCUUCUGCUGACUCUCCGGCGAAUGCUUCAGAUUACUAGGAGGUCCCCGAUUCACUUCAUGGGUCUAGGUCCCGGUGUGGUGAUGCCAGAGGUGGAGGAAAGGCUACUACGAGAAGGAGUACCCCAAGGGCGUGGGAUGAAGCUGGUCCGUCUCGUGUUCCUCGCUGCUUCUGUCACUUCGACCAUAACAUGUUGCUGA